UCCAAGCAUCCAUUGGUGGCGGAUCCGCUGGUACCCAGGAAACAGGGAGCGGAAGGAUGUCGCAUCCUUCCAUCAGCGCAUCGGUGCAGGAGGCAAACGCAGGAUGUUGAGCGUGGGGAUGUGCGCGAUUUUCACAGAGUAACAUGGCCUCCAGAGACUGAGGAGCUCUUCUUUCGGAGCAUGAUUCACCGCCAGGUGAUACUGACUCAGAAUUUGUACCAGAACCGCUUUCUCGGGUUGGCGGCCAUGGCCUCACCGUCUCGCUCGUCCCAAGCCCGGCGCCGGAGCAAAGACCCUAUCCGGCACAGCUUCAACCCGGAGCACUUUCCCAGCGUGGAUUUCCAGAAUGGUGAGCCCGAGGAGUUGGCUGCCGCCCUGCCACGUUCUACUAGUGAUACGGACCUGGUGACCUCACACUGCCGAUCCACACUGACCGCCAGCACUUCCCACUAUGCCAUCGGCCAGUCGCCGGACAUCACACUCACAUGGGACAUCAAGGAGGAGGUGGACGCCGGGGACUGGAUUGGAAUGUAUCUCAUUGAUGAGGUGCUUUCUGAGAACUUUCUGGACUAUAAGAACCGUGGGGUGAACGGCUCUCACAAAGGCCAGAUCGUGUGGAAGAUUGAAGCCAAUUCCUACUUUGUUGAGCUGGAGACGAAGAUCUGCUUUAAGUAUUAUCACGGGGUGAACGGCGCCUUGAGGGCCACGACACCCAGUGUGACCGUGAGGAACCCUUCAGCGCCGGUGUUCAAGCCGGUUGCCUUGGAAGACGUGCCUCAGAGUCAGGGCCGGCGAAGACUCAUCAGCUUUUCCCUGUCAGAUUUCCAGGCAACGGGUUUAAAGAAGGGCAUGUUCUUCAAUCCAGACCCUUACCUGAAGAUCGCAAUCCACCCGGGUAAACACAGCAUCUUCCCUGCUUUACCUCACCAUGGCCAGGAGAAACGAUCAGGCAUCGUCUGUAACACCGUCAACCCCGUGUGGCAAAGAGAAAGGUUUAGCUUUUUGUCUUUGCCCACGGAUGUACUAGAGAUUGAGGUAAAGGAUAAAUUUGCCAAGAGCAGACCCAUCAUAAAGCGCUUCCUGGGCAAACUGUCCAUGCCGGUGCAGAGAUUACUAGAGAAGCAUGCUAUUGGUGACCGAGUUGUCAGCUACACUUUGGGUCGAAGAUUACCGACAGAGCAUGUCAGUGGUCAGCUGCAGUUCCGAUUUGAAAUAACGUCCUCCAUUCAUCCAGAUGAUGAGGACAUGUCGGUCAGCACAGAGCUUGAUUGUUCCACAGUGCCUGAAGAACCCGAGGAACCCGAGCAGCAUGAGCCUCGGGAGGUGCUAGAACAACCAGGACCAGUACAAGCAGAGGACACUAUGAGCCUGGAUUUAGCUGGUCCUGAUCUGCCUCUGGAUGGAGACACGGAAUCAGUAGAAGUUCCCAUGGACGUAGAGCCCUUGGGUGCAGAUGGAGAAUGCACAGAGAAUCAGGAAGCUGAAGAGACCCAGAGGGUCCAGGAGGCAGAAUCUGUAAAUGGAGAGAACAGUGAGCAAGAAAGGGAAGCCCCAGCAGGUGAUCAAGAUGAAGGUAAUCAGGAGGAGGUCUUGAUUCCCGAGCAAGAUGGACAGGGUGAACAGGAAGUGGCAGCUGAAGAGCAGAUGGAGCAAGAGGAGACAGUAGCAGAGGGAGAUGGAUCUCAUAAAGACACAAAUCAUGUGGAUCCAGAUAAUGUUGAAACUAUGGAAAGGACACCAACUGCUGUAGAGGCGGAAGAAAUGGAGAAUGUGAUCGGAGGACCUGAACCUCACCCGGUCUUCCUUGAGGACUGUGCUCAAGCAGAGGAUGACGAUCAGCAAGAAGUGGAAGGUUGCUCUCUCCGGAUGCGUGGUGCGGCGAAGCGGAAAAACCGGCCUUGCUCUCUUCCUGUGUGUGAGCUGGAGACGGUAAUCGCCUCAACGUGCGAGGAACCCGAAACGCCGCGUUCACAUUACAUCCGUCUCCACCACCUUCUCCACAGCCUCCCAUCGAACCAAGCAGAAAGCUCGAAAAUGGAAGAAGAAGAAGAAGAGGAAGAAGAAGAAGAAGAAGAAGAAGAGCAAGAUGAAGAUGGAGCACCAGCGCCCCUGACGCCCAAUGGCCCACGUCGUUCUCUUCCUCGCAGCCGCUCGCACCAGCGACUCUCUGAACUUGUGCAAAUACUAGACGGUGAGGGCCUGGCACUAGUGUCCGAGGGGCAAAUCAGAGGCCAGAGGUCGCCGGGUGAGAGCGAGGGCGAGACUGAUCUUAGCCCUGUCCCGUGCUGCAGCCACAUGGUGGCGAGGGGUGCGGGUGCGAUGCGUGCUGCGUCCCUGGACAGCGCUCGAUGCGCCCAAAGCAGCGUGUUCUCCUCACAGGAAGACGAGGAUGACAUGGACGGCCUCAAUGGCAUCUUGGAUCUAGAGGUGGAGCCUUGUCAAGGGGGGCGAAAUCGAACAAGAGACAGAACAAGGUGGGAGGAAGUCCCCGACACUCACGUUCAAAGCCCGCAUGGCACCGUGGGUAAUGGAGAGUCCUCAGGAGCUGGAACAAGCACCAGGAGAGAGUGUCCUCUGCCAUGUAGUCACCCUCCAGUGAGCCAGCUCCCUGCUUUACGGCCGGACCCCCACCACUACCCCACCAUCGACGAGCCUCUUCCUCCCAACUGGGAGGCGCGUAUCGACAGUCACGGGCGCGUGUUCUACGUCGAUCACAUUAACCGCACCACAACGUGGCAGAGACCAACAGCAGCAGCGACGCCUGACGGCUUACGCAGGUCCGGAUCCAUCCAGCAAAUGGAGCAGCUCAAUAGGAGAUAUCAGACCAUUCAGAGGACCAUGGCCACAGAGAGAAGAGAAGAGGAAGGAGGAAACCCUCGUGUUGAGAGGUCUAGCAGCACAGAGUCCGACUCGCCACCUCAGACAAGCGAGUCAAGGAGAGACUCGCACUGCUCGACGAGUCACUGUCAGAAGAUCACCCUGCUGCUCCAGUGUCCGGCCGUCAAGUUCAUCACGCACCCCGAGUUCUUUACCGUGCUUCAUGCCAACUAUGGAGCAUACCGCAUGUUUAGUAACUCCUCGUGCCUGAAGCACAUGAUCCUGAAGAUCAGGAGGGACGCGCGGAACUUCGAGCGCUACCAGCACAACCGUGAUCUCGUCUCCUUCCUGAACCGCUUCGCCGAUUCCCACAUGGAGCUGCCGCGUGGCUGGGAGAUUAAAACUGACCCUCAGGGAAAGUCGUUCUUUGUGGAUCACAACAGCCGGGCAACGACCUUUAUUGAUCCCAGGAUCCCUCUGCAGAAUGGCAGGCUGCCCAACCACCUCACUCACAGGCAACACCUGCAGAGGCUGCGUAGCUACAGUGCCGGAGAGGCAUCCGAUGUGUCUCGUACUCGUGGAGUGUCUUUGUUAGCGAGACCUGGCAACAGUUUAGUAGCCGCCAUCCGAAACCAAAGCCAACAGGAGCCGGUGCCACUGGCAUACAAUGAAAAGAUUGUGGCGUUUCUACGGCAACCCAACAUCUUUGAGGUGCUUCAGGAGAGGCAGCCGAGUCUGGCCAGGAACCACUCGUUAAAAGAAAAGGUGCAUCACAUCCGUACAGAAGGGACACCCAGACUAGAGAAGCUGUCCUGCGAUGCCGAUUUUGUCAUGCUUUUAAGUUUGUUCGAGGAGGAGAUCAUGUCCUACGUUCCUCUUUCCACGUUUCACUCCGGCUUCGCAUUCUCUCCUCGCUGCUCCCCCGGCUCCUCCCCGCAAAAUUCUCCAGGAACUCAAAGAGCUCGUGCUCCAGCUCCAUAUCGCAGAGACUUUGAGGCCAAACUUCGUAACUUCUACAGGAAACUGGAAGCCAAGGGCUAUGGACAAGGCCCAGGGAAAAUCAAAUUAAUAGUACGAAGAGAUCAUCUAUUGGAAGGCACGUUUAACCAGGUCAUGGCCUACUCACGCAAAGAGCUCCAAAGAAACAAACUCUACAUUACCUUCGUUGGCGAGGAAGGUCUGGAUUACAGUGGGCCUUCUCGCGAGUUCUUCUUCCUGCUCUCUCAAGAACUGUUUAACCCAUAUUACGGCCUGUUUGAGUACUCUGCCAACGACACGUACACAGUCCAGAUCAGCCCCAUGUCAGCCUUCGUAGAGAAUCAUUUGGAAUGGUUUCGUUUCAGUGGCCGGAUCUUGGGCUUAACGUUGAUUCAUCAGUAUCUGCUGGACGCCUUCUUUACCCGGCCCUUUUAUAAAGCUCUGCUCAGACUAGCAACCGACCUGAGCGAUCUGGAGUAUUUGGAUGAAGAGUUCCACCAGAGUUUACAGUGGAUGAAGGACAACGACAUCACAGACGUCCUGGAUCUCAAUUUUACUGUCAAUGAGGAGGUGUUUGGCCAGGUAACAGAGCGGGAGCUGAAAUCAGGAGGAGCUAACCUACAAGUGACGGAGAAGAACAAGAAGGAGUACAUCGAGCGCAUGGUGAAAUGGAGAGUGGAAAGAGGAGUGGUCCAGCAAACCCAGGCUAUGGUCCGUGGCUUUUACGAGGUGGUGGAUUCCCGCUUGGUGUCUGUGUUUGACGCGAGAGAGCUGGAGCUGGUCAUCGCUGGGACGGCUGAGAUCGACCUUAACGACUGGAGGACCAACACUGAAUAUAGAGGAGGUUAUCAUGACGGGCACAUCGUGAUCCGGUGGUUCUGGGGAGCAGUGGAGCGCUUCAACAACGAGCAGAGGUUGCGGCUGCUGCAGUUUGUCACAGGAACGUCCAGCGUGCCGUACGAGGGCUUUACGGCUCUGCGCGGGAGCAACGGCCUGCGCCGAUUCUGCAUCGAGAAGUGGGGGAAGAUCACCGCUCUGCCCAGGGCUCACACGUGCUUUAACCGGCUCGAUCUCCCCCCGUACCCGUCCUACACAAUGCUCUACGAGAAGCUCCUCAUUGCUGUCGAGGAAACCAGCACAUUCGGGCUCGAGUGACGUGACCAAUCGGUGCCGCACGCCUACUACACUGCUAUCGCUAUGGAUCUGUUGAAUAUGUAAAUAUAUAUAUAUGUUUAUAUAUAUUUAUGUAUCUGGCUUCUAAACCGAAGACCGCCGCAUGCGUCACUCACCCCCGUGCACUCCAGGCGGCAGCGUGUGCAGCACGCAAUCUGUGUAUGCAAUAUCACACAAAACACUUAAAUCUCAGGGCCUCGACCUCUGCUGCGGCAUGACAACUCCAACAAGGCUGCACUGAUCACUUGGGAUCCCCACACACACACACACACACACACACACACACGACUGACUGCUCAGACCACAAUCUCACUCACAUCGACUUCAGCAAUCGACUUGCUCAAGCCCCAGGAACGUUUUCCUUGCAGCAUCAUCACAGAGAUGACACUCUGUCAUACACCAAUAUCUUGCAAGCAGGAAAUGACAUCACAUCUUGAAAUACGCUCUUAUUUUUGUCUUUUUCGUAUUCUUUUGCACAUUACGCAGUGUAGAGAUUCGACACUCCUCGUUACAUAGUGUAUUCUAUGUAACCAUGUCCCUGUGAUGCUUCUUUUUUCUGGAGAUUGAAUUUCUUAAGUACAGAAACGUCUAUGGAACAGGUCAUGGGAUUGUCCGGCGGUUCCGGGGCGGUCACGUGAUCUUCACUCGGGUCAUAUUUACACGUCUGGGCACGUUUCCGUUUCAGGAGCUUGUGGGCUGUAAAGUCACUCUUUAUACAUGUAAAUGAAAACACUAUGAGAAUGAAACCCCAUGCAAUCCAGUGUACAGCGAUUGGAUUCGGGGCGAUGUUUGUUUUUUGUAAAAGGAAGUAUUAUACGAUUCCGACAUGGGCUUCUUUUGAAUUCGGCAAAUUUCCAAGAUGGACAGUCAUCUCGGACGGAUCGAUCCGACCGCCUUACGACGCCGAAACAUUCGGAGGACGUUUUGGCUCCUGCAUCCUGUGUCCUUGUAGACAUGAAGUACAACGUAAAAAAAACAGAAACACACGUCUCACGGCGUUGCACUGUGUGUGUGUUCAUCAGGUCUCUGUCUGAGCUGGGUUUUCUAUUCUGUAAAGCUCCAGGCUUCUUUGUCAGGCCGAGCUGUGUGAAGAAAAUAAUGAAUAAAGCAUAGCACUGUUCGAGAAUGUCAAUAAACAAUCGCUUUGUAAUCCAUGGCCUGCUGAUCGUUCCUUGUAGAAAAGUGCUGAUUUUUUUUUAUGGACAUUCUGAACAUGGAAAUCAAUAUAAUGCAUUUUUUGUAUAUAAAAAAUAAAUAAAUACAGAUGA